GGAAUUUGCGUCCGGGUCCGUCUGAGACUUUUAUGAGCCCCCAAGCCUGGCCCACAGCGAGUACCAACAGUCUCUUUAAUCUCAUCACUUCCUCUAUUAGACCCGCAUCUAACACGUCUCAGCGUUCGCCGUCUAACACAAGAGAUAGCAAUAUGGCGUCCAAAACCCCCGCAAAGCUCCCGACAGCAACAAGACAUAAUAAACAGGACAACAAGGCAAAGCAGGGGCCGCAGCCCAAGGCCGGGUCGACUCCCUCGUCAUCCCAAAUGUCGGACAGGACGAGCAUGGCAAGCGCAAUGAGCGAAAUCACGACAUUGGCAGCAACGGAUAUCGUGGAUAACACUCGAAGUUCUCUGGGCCAGUUAGGUGUUCGUCACACUUCAUGUUCAAUGUUUCUUGCUCGCUGAAUGGUCGACGGUCGCGUUGUCUGUCGCUCAUCCCGCGAUCAGCAAACAUUUGACAAACUUGCAGAGCAAAUGACCAGCAUUGCACGGUUGGGCGAAGAGCUCGAGACCACCUCGAUCAUCAACAGGUGCGUGAAGACGGCGCUGUCUUGCAGAACCUUCAUGA